GUUCAAGCCUCGUCCGUCGGUUCAAGACCAGUGAAGGCUUCGGCGAUCCGAACCUCUCGUAGCCGGGGCUGUGUGCGCCGGGUGAGGCUUGGAGCCCUGCAAGCCACGAUCUGCUUCCAACGACUUCUGGUCCGAUCUGCCACGACCCGGUGCCGCUUGCAGGCUGGCCGUUUUCACGCAGUGCUUUUGCGCAGCUAUGAGCUUGCGACCGGUGUCUGCCAAAGCGGCGAGGAAGUCGAAGAGGACCAGAUUGCUUGGGCUAUGGAGGUGGCUCUGGCCGAGUUUGGGGUUGACGCGUCGGAGCUGAGGCCGACCUACGCUGUGGUUGUCAGCUCUGGAUGUUUGGCUGGUGCCAUCGAGUCACCAACUACGUCAUCCCUGACGCAGGCCUUGGCGUGGCGAUGGCGGCUGCAUGCAGCACGUGAACACGGGCGCGCUGAGUUGCAAAAGGCAUGGAUGGAGGUCCUGGGUGAGCCCAGACCGGGUCACAGCCGCCCCCUCUCCAUGCAGAGAGCCCUCGUGCGUGUCCAUGGCGCAUUGCAGCGUCACAGCGCUCGUCGGCAUGCGACGACCAGAAAGGCCCAGGCACGACGCCAGCAGCAAGCCGAACAUGCAGCCACGUUGGAGCUGCACAGGUGCGCUGCCGCGGAUGCUCGGCUCAAGGUUUUGGUGGUAGAAGCUGGCAAGAGAUGGGAAGGAAUGCUGAGCAGAGCUUUUGGAGUAAAGGGUCUCAAGAGGCCAAGGCUGAGCAGUCGUCAGAGUCGUCAACGUCAUUGCUCCUAA